AUGAAGUUCUCCUACGCCGCCAUCUUUGCCGUUUGGGCAUCUUUCGCCUCUGCUGCCUACACCACCAGCGAUAUUCCCAGCUGCGCCAUUUCCUGCUUCGAGACGGGCGCGCCGCAAGUUGGCUGCACCGUGACGGACCAGACGUGCCAGUGCGCCAAAGCGUCGGAGCUCACCGACAAGAUCACGGGCUGCGUGACGGACGCGUGCUCGAUCGAGGAUGCACUGAAGACGCAACAAGUGUCGACGGGCAUCUGCUCGCAGCUCUCGAGCUCGGCGUCGUCCACUGCCGCCGCGACGUCGUCGUCGUCGUCGUCGUCGGCGUCGGCGUCGUCAUCGGCAGCAGGGUCCUCGUCAGUCCUCACCACCACCACCAUCACCAGCAGCAUUUCCGCCCCCUCCAACACCACGACCACCGCCUUCAUCACCACGCCAUUGCCAUCAGGCAACGUGACCGCGUUGGCGACGUCGUCGUCGUCGUCGUCGUCGUCCGAGGCUGCUGCCUCCUCUUCCACCGUCAUGUCGUCCACCAAGAGCGCUUCUGCCACUGAGACUGAGUCGUCGGCUGACAGUGCGUCUUCUACAAGCAGCGCCUCGGGAACGUCUAGCGCAGCGAGUUCGUCGAGCACCGCCAAUGCAGGAAGCGUGGAUAGGGCCGGAGAGAAAUUCGGUCUGGUUGUUGCCAUGGGCCUGGGCUACCUCGUCGCCACCAUCUGA